UUGCUAUUGGUCAACUCCUUUUGUAAAAUCAGUACUGCGUAAUAAAUCACUACCAGAGAUCAGUCGCUAAAAGAGUCAAUAAUCUACUUGGAGCUGCUGCGAUUUCUGUCCUGUUUGUCUCAGUCAUUGUCAUAUCAGGUUCUACCACCAUUCAUGCUGGAGAGUAAAUAAAGGCAAUGUCUAUUCAACGUCUACCAGCGGUAAACAUCAGGGGCUGCAGGAAACCAGUUUUAGGAACUCUCAGGAUUCCAGAAAAGAACACCAGCAUUAACCUUGCGAACCACUUGAAAUGGAUUUCGGAAUUCCAGCAAACGUGCAGGUUUUAUUCCGAGCAUGCGAUGAGGGCGAUUACGAGAGUGCCAGGCGAAUCCUAGAACCAGGUGUUGCUGAAAGCGCGACACCUGGAAGGCUCCGUUCUGAUGCGGGAUCAGAGUGCAACGCAGACAGCUCGAACCCGAGGUCAGCUUCGCUUGUCCCGGUUGAUUGCACAGAUGAGGAGGGUAACACAGCGCUCCAGUUCGCUGCUGCUAGUGGACACGAGAAUGUUGUUCGGUUCUUGCUAAGAAAAGGAGCUUCGGUAGACAGCCGGAAUCACUAUGGUUGGACCCCGCUUAUGCAAGCAGCAAGAUUUGGCCAUCUGAGUGUUGCCCACAUGUUGUUGGAAAAUGGUGCUGAAAUAAAUGCCAAAAACAGAAUCGGGGCCAGCGUCCUAACAAUGGCAUCAAGGGGUGGUCACGUCAGUGUUGCGAAACUGUUAAUGGAAAGUGGAGCCUUUGUCGACGACUACGAUCAUUUGGAUGUUAACAUGGGGAAUAAUAACAAAGGAGAAUUCCCAGACAUCACUGCCCUGAUGACUGGAGCACAGCACGGGCAUGAAGCCCUGGUGAAGUUGUUACUGGAGUGGGGUGCAGAGCCGAAUUACAGCAUCAAAACAACAGGAUGGAGCCCACUUAUGCUGUCAACACUCAGUGGGAAAGUAAGUGUGGCACAUCAGCUAGUGGAACGAGGAGCAGACCCAGACCACAAAAAUGUGCUGGCUAAAACAUCAUUUGAGAUUGCGAUGAACAGUAAACAUAAGGAGAUGAAGAAUUAUCUGGAUGCCAUAACCACCAUCCGCCCACAGUCAGGAGAAGAGAAGAGAAGGCCAGAUGUCUUUCAUGCACUGAAACUUGGAAAAUGCCAGUUAGUUAAGGAGAUAUUAGAUGAAGAUCCUGGCCAAGUGAACAUUGCUAAUCCUGAUGGUGCCUCUCCCCUGAUGAUCGCUGCAGUGAAUGGGCAGCUGGAUAUUGUUCAAUUGCUUGUGGAGGGAAAUGCUGACAUUGACAAGCAGGACAGUGUUCAUGGGUGGACAGCACUGAUGCAAGCUACAUAUCACGGGAAUAAGGAUGUUGUUAAGUAUUUGUUGAAUCAAGGAGCUGAUGUUCAUCUUCGGGCCAAAAAUGGAUAUACUGCAUUUGAUCUUGUUAUGCUGCUUAAUGAUCCAGAUACAGAACUUGUGAGGUUGCUGGCCUCUGUGUGCAUGCAAGUAGACAAAGAUAAGGACAAACAGAAGUCCAAGUCAUCACUACCACGCUCAAAAAGGAGGCUGUCUUUAAACAUCCCUGUGCCUCCGGAUGAUAAAGGGGGGCUGAAGUCCUGGUGGAACAGAAUGUCCAAUAGGUUCCGGAAGCUCAAACUGACUAGGACACUGAGGCACGGCUUCUCCACUAGUCGUCUGGCACCGUUUCCAGAUGAUACUGAUGUGUCCCUGGAUUCUACAAUGAAGGCAGACCAGAAGAACAGUGGGAACAAUGGAUCGAUAGUGCUGCCUCCUAUCUUGGGAACUGCGGACAUGACUACAGCCUGGGCAGUGAAAAGCAAAGAUAGCGGACUUGGCAGUACUAGCACAGAGAAGGAUGAUACCCUAAUAACAACCAUGCUCAGAAAUGGUGCUCCCUCUACCCGUCUCCCCAACGACAAGCUGAAAGCUGUGAUUCCUCCAUUCCUUCCUCUCUCAAACUUCGAGCUGUGGGACUCUGACCGGUCGCGGAUCAACAAAGAAGGCAAGAGCGAACAAACAAGGCUCUCCAUGCCACAGAGACCUGGUAAAGGCAACUUCAACAGCAGCGGAAACUCUGACAUAACUUCUGUCAGUCGUGUUGUGGCCAGGCCAAUUAAGUUUCCGAGUAUUGUCAGAAGCCCAUCCUCUCCUUCAAACUCUGGCAAUUUCAACUACUCCCCUCACUCUUCAGGAGGUUCCAAUGGUGUAGCUGGUAUUAACAGGCAUGGAGGUGAUCCACAUAAUCGAUCAGGUGGCAGUGCUGACAGUGUCCUGUCCCAGAUUGCAGCCCAAAGAAAGAAAGCAGCGAGUUUGUCGGAACAGAAAACUCCCACCUUGGACAGCCAGACUCCCACUGUUCCAGAUAUCAACUUGCCCAGCCUGCAUGGUACCCACAGCUUAGUGGGCAGCAGCUGUCACAGUGAAAAGAAAUCAGACACCAGUAAGAGGCCUCAGUCUGGGACCUCCUCCACGUCCAAGAGCACCUCUCCCACGCUGACCCCUUCACCCUCCCCCACUCCUAAAGGCCCCCAUGCAGAUUCCUUCUUAUCCUCCUCCUCCUCCUCCAAUCAACGCUCCAAGAGCAGUGGAGGCUCAAGCAGUGGCACCAUCACUGACGAAGAUGAACUCUCUGGGAUCCUAAAGAAGCUUUCUCUAGAGAAAUACCAACCAAUAUUUGAAGAGCAGGAGGUGGACAUGGAAGCAUUCCUCACACUCAGUGAUGGGGAUUUGAAGGAGCUGGGUAUAAAAACAGAUGGGCCAAGACAGCAAAUCUUAGCAGCUAUCUCAGAGUUAAAUGCUGGAAAGGGCAGAGAAAGGCAGAUUUUACAAGAAACUAUUCACAACUUCCAUUCUUCCUUUGGGAGCAGUGCCAGCAACCCACGACCACCUGGUUAUCCUCGCUCACCAGCAGGCUGGGUUAGACAACAAGUUCGGAGGUAAAACUCAACAGGACCAAGCCCCAGGGGUCAUUAAGAGUUGUGAAAUCAUAGAGUGAUGGGAAAUUGAUCCCAGGUGAAAGGAAGACUGGCUCUUCUCAACGCCAGUGUUUCAGUGUAUGGGACUGUGCAGGAAGACACUGAAGAAAGUGACUGCAUGCCCAGACAAGACCUGGGCAUCUCCACUAUGGGAUACAAGUAACGCCUACAGGAGGUGCAGGAUUGUGGAUUUUUUUGGAAGGACUUGUAACAGAGUGCUAAGGAAUGUGCUGCAAUCAAAACAUCACAGUAAUAUGAAAAAUGAAUAGGUGAUGUUGGUAAUGCCAAAAACCAGGAAUACAUAAAUAACGCAUUGUAUUACGAACAAUGGUGAAAUCUGAGUAACUGAAAAUGACAGUCUUGCCACAGAGAAGCUGGAUUCUGGAAAACAUGGAUUUGAUCUUUUAGGGUACUUUUGAAGAAACCAGCACAAGUGAAGACAGGUUCUAGCAGGAUACAAGUGAUCCUAAGCGGCUAAGCGAAAUGGCAGAAGAUAGCCUUUGAAACACACCCUGGAAGAACAACCACAGGAAUGCUAUGAUGUAAUAGGAGCAUCAAAAUAACUCAGUGAAAUAACUCCACUAUUGAAGCAUUUUACAGAUGAAGGUAUACAAUCACAAGUAUUAAGAGACGCUGUUCUGUGAUAUUAUUUGUUUUGUGAUGGGAUCCCCUUUUUACUAACUAUUCCUUGUUUGCUGCAGCUGACCCAUAUUCAAGGCCUGUGAUUGGAUUUUUUCGGUUUGUCACAAUUAUCUUACUGUUGUUCAUCCCUUUUUUCUGUUCGAUGGCUGCAAAUGACCGAAAACAAUUUCCAGGAUUUUUAAACAAAUCAGAGAACAUGUGCAAUUCCUUCGGAACACAUUUUUCUGAUCUAUUGAAAUAAAACUAAAAAAAGGAUCAGUGUUUUGUCUUUUCAAUGAAUGAUAUAAUAUCAUUGGGUUGCAUCUUAAAUUCAAAGGAAUACAGUACAUAACACUACUUCCAGUACGACGGCUGCAUUGUACUCUAUGGAGGAGCAUACGCGUCUGCCAGUUGAAUGCCUGCAUCCAGGGGCUGUGUUGUAAACACAGACGCAGUUCCAUUGAACACUGUUGUGUAAACUGGUACAUACAAACCUGUAAAACCGAAAUGUGUGUUUUUUGUUUGUAAUUUAAAAAAAGAAUAUAUAACAUACAUUUCAUAUUAGGCACAUAAGUUGUUAUCCUAACUGUCAUUUCAGUUUGCUGUGUGCAUCUGAGUGCAGCUUGCUGUAUUCCAAUCAAAAUGACUACUUUCAAGAUUAAAUAUUUCCUUCUGAUAUAUUCCCAGUUGCAUUUGUGGAACAAAACGAAGGAUUGUUGUCUCCCAGGUACAUUGAAAAAUAAGCAACUAGGCUUUCACUGAGUUUGCAUCUUGACAAAUCCACAACCAUAGCAAUCUCUGUCUUGUAAUCAGUCUACAAACAAAGAGAGGCUUGAAAUAAAAAAAACACAUGUGCUAGGAGGAGGCAUGUCUUGUUUGCUGCAUUUACAAAAA